GCCAUUGUCAUCGUCUUCAUUGAUCCUAAAAUUAGAUGACAAAUCUUACGCAACAAGAAACCAUAGCCCUCACUUUCGUCCAAAAAGAGAUUCUUACCCAAAACCAAUUAAUAAAUGUUGCCUAUAAAUUCGAUUUAUUUUCACUAUAAUUAUCUUCUCUCACUACCCACAAUUACACGACAACUCAACCCAGACUCUUUCAACAAGCCGACAACACAACCAACCAACGACAUGUCGAAAUUGGGCCAAGCCAAGCGAAUCAUUUUCCUCAAGACCGCUGACGGCCAGCUCUUCGAGGUGGACGACCCCGUCGCGAUGGAGUUCGAGAUCGUCAAAUCGUUCUUCGACGAGAAUGAGGACGCGGCGGACGACACGGUGGUGCCGCUGCCGAAUGUUUCGGCGGAGCCACUCGCGGGGAUCAUCGAGUUCUGCAAGGCCCACGUGGAGUUUCGCGCCAAGGGCGCGGCGGGGAAAGACGAGGUGAAGAAGUUUAAUGCGGAGUAUAUUAAAGAGAAGAGUAACGAGCAGUUGAAGGAGCUGAUUCUGGCGGCCAAUUAUUUAAAUAUCAAAGAAAUGUUGGAUUUUUUGACGGAGACGAUCGCGAAUAGGCUUAAGAAUAAGAGCGUGGAGUAUGUGAGAGCGUUUUUCGGGAUUGAGAAUGACUUCACGCCGCAGGAAGAAGAAGCUGUGAGGAAGGAGUAUGAGUGGGCUUUCGAAGGUGUUGAUGAAGAUUAAAUUAAUGAAUGAACGAAAGAUGAAAUUCUUGUUAUUUGUAGCUUAGUUUGUUUGCAUCGUAGAUGAAGUUCAAUAAUUCAUUUGGGGUUUUGUUUUCUUGAUUCAUUAUUGCUUGUUUAUUGCGACUUCUCCUUAUUUGAUCUUCA